GCGAUUUUAUCCGUCGAUUUCACUUCAAUGCACAGUUUCCCUAGCGAACGCGACAUUUGAGUACCCCCACAGAGACGGCCGAUUCUGCGGCAGACGACGACGAACCCAUUCUCACCACAGGGCACGACUGCGACGGCGUCAAUUUUUUGUGAUCCAAUGAAAAUCGGCGCAUUUGGAACGCACUUUUUUGCAUUCUUGCGCGCAUCGCUUAGGUUUGCAUCGGUUGGAGUCGACGAUAGCAAUACGCGUAAUCUUGUCGGCCAUGAUGGAGAGGCCGCAAUACGCGACGGUGUAGAGGAAAGCGAGUGCGGCUCCGAAUCACGGCAAACAGAUGACAACUCAAUCUACUCAUCGAUUCGGGUUUCCAUCGCGUCCGCAAAGCCUUGCGGCGGCUCCGCACUCCUUCUAAGUCUCCCAAGCAUACAAAAACUCAUGCAUCCCAUCUGUGCGCAGCAAGAAGCACAAAGAGUUAGUUCUGGACGCGAUUCGAACGGUCGGUUGGACGGUUAACCGGCUGCUGACCAGACUAUAUUUUGAAUUCGUCAUCUCCGGCUGUUCUAUCACGUUCUUGUCCAAUUACUUAUGUCUCUCCUCAGAAAUGCAGGUCUACUGGAGUGCUUUCACAUCUCCCGCGCACUCUUCGGGCUCGAUUCUUGCGUCGUGGUCUCAGCCAGAUACGUACACGAGAGUGGCAGCCAGUUGAAAUUGACGAGAGAGAUCCUGUUCCCCGCUCUCGGUGCCACCGUUCGCGCUCAUCCUAUCCUAUCUGCACGGGUCAAAGACGAGGAUUCGAAACAACCGUAUUUCGUCCGCCUGGACUCUGUGGACCUUGCGUCCGUAGUCCGGUUUCUUGAUACAGCUGAUCUAGAGGUGGCCAUACAAGCUCAACUUUCCGCACCGUUCGACACCAGCGCAGAGCUCCCUCUUUGGCGCGUCACUGUUUUGAGUGACAACACUGUACUGUUCGCAUACCACCAUGGGAUAGGAGAUGGGCUCAGUGGAGUUGCGUUCCACCACUCACUUUAUGCAGCGUUGCAAGCACCGGAUCUAUCCCCAACGGAAGUUGUCGUUCCCGAUGAUCUUCCAGUCGUACCUGCGAUAGACGUUGCGCUAGACGUUCGCCCGUCUCUUCUCACCAUCAUUCGCACGGUCAUCUCGCUCUUCAUCCCGGAUUCCUGGCGGACUGCGUACACUGCCUGGACCGCAAACCCUGUCCCCGCUGACCCCGAACUCAGUCCACGUGUCAAGAUCUUCGUGCUUCCACCAUCCGAAAUGGCCGGGUUUUCAAAAGUCUGUCGAGCGAACGGGGCCACCGUCACGUCGGCAUUCUAUAUCCUGGCAGUGGCAAUCUUGUCACGCCACAUCCCGCCCGAAUCCACAUACAAAACGAUCGGUGCUGCAGUCGCAAUGUCUCUCCGAGGCUUCACCGACACCCCUGCAGGAGCGAUCUGCGACUACGCGACCGGUCAAUCGACCUUCCCGCCUGUCGAUCCCGCGUUCAAGUGGUCUCGCGCUGAGGCGUACGCCAAAGAUCUCCAGGCGGCCCGCGUGAGCGGUAAAGAAAGGAUCGGUCUGCUCGCCCUCUUGAGAGGAGACUUGCAACCGUAUUUCCGGAGUCAGCUGGGCAAGAAACGGACGGCCGCCUUCGAGCUCUCGAAUACCGGGAGAGUCAAGUUCGAGGGUCAAGGCACGUGGCAGGUUGCGGAUGUGACAUUUGCCCAAUGCGACUUGAUCUACGGAGCCGCGCUGAAAGUGAACGUCGUCGGGGACCCGACCGGGGCUGUCAGAGUAGCAUUGACCUGGAACGAGGACGCCAUCGACGAGGGCCUAGUAGAAACAUUUGCGCGCGAGUUCCAAGAUGGUGUCCGUGCUUUAUUGCCGUAGAUCGAAACCAACUGAUGUGGUUGACUCCUCGAAAAUCAACUCAGCGCCGUCGCCCUGUCGGCCCAAACUGACCAAAAGGCAGGUAUAGUCCUAGGAAACGCGUUGAAACUUGAAGGCGAAUCUCGACCCAGUACCAGCCUGGUUUGCCAUGACGGCGGAGAACGAGAUCCACAAUGACACUCCUCGACGGUCUCGAAGAGUACUUAUGCUGCUCGACACGCAGUCGGAUGAGAUACUAGAGGUCGAGGAGGACGGAGCCAUGGACUCGGGGAGAUCGUAAGUGGUAGUGGGUGAUAGGAGGCGAGCAGUUUGCAUCCGCAAUCAGAGACAGGGCAUCCGUGGAUUCACAGUGCCGGGGCACUCCCUUGCUGAAUUUCCGGAUAGUCCGGUCACAGAAAAGUAUAGGGAGGUUGUAACAGACCACAAUUGUAAUAUAAUGGUCCGUCGUUGCAAUCGAGAUAAGAGAAGGGACUGACGGUGCCUUCGGUUUGGUAUAUGCUGGCUCGUGGUCAUUGCGUUCAUGGUAUUGUCAUCUACUAACACGGUGCAGAGUGUAGCUGGCUCGACAUGCCCUCCCUAGAUCGCAGGGACAGGCUCGAUGCGACGAUAGAACAAAAGGUACGGUUGGUCCGACUCCCCAUCCUUGCCCUUUUCUUCCCAAUAUCCUUUGUUGGCACCCGUGUCGUCUUGGUAGGCCACAUGUUGAGCGGCAUCGAUAUUGAAAGUUGUUUGCUGUGUGGGACGGUGAGCUCCAAGUUUGCCAAAUGUAACACAGCCCGUACCAAAGCAGUAGAGUCGCCGAUCUUCGAAAUUAAAUCGUCGUCACAUUUGAACCAAAUGUCGUCUCUUCGCACGUAUGCAACAUCUGCCCCAAAACGGGUGAGCAAAUAGUCGGAAGACACGAGCACAUGGCGCACAAUGUCCGCUAUCAACCGUCGUUCCCCGAUGGCAGACCACCGCGUACAGUUCGUACGAGACGUCGCCUCGUCUGUUUCCUGUGGCAGACGUUAUGGGCAAUACCAGGGUCUCGGUCGUCCCGUCAGCAUUGAAGAGGUUGACCGGAGCAUGUGUCUUCCGGGGAGUUUGAGGCUUGGAAUUCCGCAAAGCAUCUACCGUGCGAGAUUUGGCAUCUGCGUACUCUUUUUGCAAAUCUUUCAUCUCUUUAGAAUCAUCAAGCUUAGAGAGAUCCGCCCCAAAGAAGGCGGCCGCGGCUUUAUCCUUCUCGUAUUGUACCUUCAUCUUCGGUCGCAGAUUGUUCCUCAAUUGUACGAGUUCAUGCUCGCCCUGUGCAAGUCCAGCGGCCAACUCAGUUCGGUCGGCCACGAUCUGCCGCAAGAUAGCAAGGGGAACCCCAUCCGUGAUUUGGUUGUUGCCGUAAUGUAUAUUGAGCGCCCGAUUGAGAUGGACGGCUAGAAUCGGCGGACCAGGAUGCUUUGUGAUUUCGCGUUGUACUGUCACACCAGUGUAGCACCUUGAGGGCAUAGGACAUGCAUA